AUGUCCUUUAAACGCAAGUUCUCCGACCACCACUCCCCCGACUCGGAUGAGGAUGAACCGUCCUUGGGUAAGCAAGUCUUGCCCGUUGCCAAGCUGCCGCACAACUUCAGUGGCGAGCCGACGGACGGGAUGCAGUAUCUUUUCAUGGUCAGACGGGAUGCCAGGUUACUCCCUCGCGUCACGCGCUCAGCGAACCCGUACGAAAUACAGGAAGAAGUCGAGACGGUGGCAGUGGAGACUACAUAUCGUAGCGGCUCACAUCCUGCACUACCCUCUGAGGCCUGGCGGGAGACAUUCUUGAGACAUUUCCGUAACUUCCGCAAGAUUCCACCUGCGGGUCCAUCUCGGAAAGUCGUGCCUGAGAAAAAGGAGCGCGAUCUCUGGUGGGCGUUUCUGAAUGGCCGACCAGCGUCGGAGUGGAACCCUCCGAAGCAGCCAAAGAAAUCCAAGCAGAAGCAGCGGUAUGCAAGUGGAGAUGACAGGUAUGGCGGGAGUAUGCGAGGCUUCGAGAAAGAGCACGAGACGGUGCUUUCCUACGAUUCGAUGGAGCAGACGUACUCGAUGUCCACGCAGGAGGAGGGUUGGCAUACUACCGCAGAAGGAGUCGAGCUGGCGAGCACAAGCGCUGUCGACUUUGCAGGCUCGCUGCCUACGCCUAACGGUACUCCCGCGCCGUCGGAAUUUGGAGAAGGGCCUUCCAAUCAUGACCGAAGUGAAGAGGCUGUGAAUGCUGCUACAUCGGCGCUUAUACCUCCAGAGCCCACUCCGUCGCUCAUGCAGCGUAUCGAUCAUCGUUACGCGCUACACCUCCUCAUGUACUUUACGUACUGGAUAAACCUGCAACUAGAGCACCCUAAUUCCCAGCAUGAAAUCAGUGAGACACACGCGCGAUGGAUGUUCGUUCUGCUAUCUCGCGUAGAAGACUACAUCUCUGCGGAUGAGAUGAGCCUACUACGCAACCUGGCAAGGGCGUGCAUAAGGUGGAUUGGAGAGAGCAAGCGCCUUCAGGAUGUGGAGGCGACUACCGAGUCACCAGCACCGGCACCGUCUCGGAUGGACGAACGCUCGUGUUGGAUGGUCAUAACCGCUGUCGUCGGCAUCUGGGGUCAGAAGGACUUGUGGAUGGACGCUGAAGCCGUGCUGGCGAAACUGCAGUUGUAG